AUGCCGCUGCACGCGCGGACCAGCGCCGCGCGGAGAGCGGUGGGCACCGCGGGUUCCGCGCGCAGCAUGCGGUACUUCCCGCUGGUGGGGCCCGCCGUGCUCGGCGCGCUGUACCUGCUCUCGCUCCUCGCGCGCCGGGGAGCGAAACCCGCCGCCGUCGGCGCAAGCACGCAGUGGCUAUCCAUCGCCUACCACCCGUCGGGCGACGGCGUGCUGCUGCUCCUCGCGCCGCCCGCCUCGUCCGCCGCGCCCCUCCCCGCGCCCUUCCCCCUGCCGGAGCGGCGGCAGCAGCGCCUGCAGCUGCCGGCGGUGGAGGUGGGGGGGGCGCGCGUGGAGGGGCUCGUGGUGGACGGCACUGGGCGCAGCGCCACGUGGCAGGCAGGAGGGGAGGCGGAGGGAGCCCAGCCCGCCGGGCAGAACGCGUCUGCUGCUGCGGCGCUGCCGGCGGUGGCGGUGAGGGCGAGCAGGCUGAGCGAGCACGCGGUGGUGGUGACGUGGGAGGUCACCACGCCCCUGCUCUUCCCCGAUGGCGUUGACUUCACUCUGCGGAUAGCAGACAAUGCAUCGGGGUGGUACGGCGGUGGAGAGCGGUUCAAUGCAGUGAAUCAGAAGGGCAACGUGUUGCCCAUGUUCUCGUUUGACCGCUUCACUGACGUCCCUGCGCAGCGCAGCUACAAGCCGGUGCCGUUUGUGAUGAGCAGCAGCGGGUACGGCGUGUGGGUGCAGUCCUAUGCCAACGGCUCCUUCAGCCUCGGUGCCCCCGACGAGCCUGACGUGCUGGCCAUCCGCUACAGGGAGCAGCAGCUGCGCGUGGUGUUCAUCGCGGGCCCCUCGCUGCUCGCAGUGCUCGCCGAGUUCACACGCCUCUCCGCGCGCCCCUCCAUGCCGCCCGACUGGGCCUUUGCGCCCUGGAAGGGGCGAGACGUGCAUUUCAACUGCUCACAGGUGGUGGAAGAUGCGGAGAAGCUGCGGCAGCAGGGCAUACCGGGGUCGGUGAUUCUGAUAGACAGCCCGUGGGAGACAGGCUACAACGACUUCUCCAUCAACCGCCUCCAGUUCGACGACCCGGAGGACAUGUUCCUGCGCCUCCAGGAGCUGGGGUUCUACAACAUCUUCUGGGCGACGCCCUUCAUCAACCGCGCCAACCGCGUGGACAUGCCCGGCAUCACCGCGGGGCCCGCUGCCAUCUUCGACGAGGCGGACCAGAAGGGCUUCCUCGUGCAGCAGGAGGGGGGCGGCUCGCAGAUAGUGAGGUGGUGGAAGGGCGAGGGCGGGCGGGUGGACUUCACGAGCGAGGCAGCGGUGGCGUUCUGGCAGGCGGCCAUUAACGCCACGCUGCAGUGGCCCACGGCGCGCGGCUUCAAGUGCGACGACGGCGAGGGCAACUACUUCCACCCCGGCGCUGCCUUCCACGACGGCUCGCCCCUUUCAGUCAUGAAGACCCGGUACGUGGAGGUGUAUCUGGCGGCCAUGGGGGCGUUCAUAGACAAGUACCUGCACGGGGACGGGGUGCUCAUGGCCAGGAGUGGAUUCACCGGCACCGGCAAGUCGUUCGUGUGGGCGGGCGACCAGCGCGCCAACUGGAACCGCACGGAGGGCUUCCCGUCGGUGAUCAUGGCGGGGCAGACGGCUGGCUUGUCGGGGUUCUUCCUGUGGGGCAGCGACAUCGCGGGGUACUUCGGCAAGACCAUCGACAAAGAGCUCUUCAUCCGCUGGAGCCAGUUCGGUGCGCUAUCCCCGUUGAUGCACCAGUUCGGGCAGGCCAACAACGGCCCGUGGGACUACGACGCCGUCACGCUGCGCAUCUACCGCCGCUUCGCCCGCCUGCACAUGGCGCUCUUCCCCUACCUCAAGGCCGCCGCGCUCGCCAGCGCCACCGCGGGCCAACCCAUCAUCUGCGCCAUGCCGCUCGCCUUCCAAGGCGACCCCGAGGCUGCCUCCCCGCAGUGGCAGUGGCAGUACAGGUUCGGCCCGGACCUGCUGGUGGCUCCGGUGUACGAGCCUGGGGUGACACAGGCGACAGUGUACCUGCCUGGGGGCAGUGCGUGGGUGCACUUCUGGGCGCCCAACGGUGUGCUCCUGCAGGGCGGGGCCGCUGUGCAGGUGGCGGUGCCGCUGCAUGAGACAGCGCUGUACGUGCGAGCGGGUGCGCUAAUAGAGAGUAUAGAGGAGGACGUGGACACGCUGGUGCCGCCCUCCGACAAGCUGCACCCCGACGUCAAGACCAUCGGCAGGUGCGCUCUGCACACCCAUCCCCUCCCUCACCCUCGCACAUCCCUCCUUAUUUCCGCAGCCUGCACCUUCAUCAUGCCUCGUGUGUGGCCGGGCAUCCCCUCGCAGCCAUCAUCGCUGGCAUCGCUGCUCGCCCCCUUCCACGCCAUGCUCACCACCCGCCCCGUGCCGCAGGCGCACGGGCGGCACCGUGUGGUGCUGCAGCUGCGGGCGAGUGAGCGAGUGGAGCUGUCGCUGCGCUUCAUGCACGGGCAGCGCCUGCGCCAGCCCAGUGUGCGGCGCAGCAAGCGUGAGCAGGUGGGCGUGGCGUGUGCGGCCGGCAACUACCUGGGCGUGGAGGGGCUGCACUGCGCUGUCGUGCUGGAGGCGGGGGUCACCGAGGUGGCGUGGGAGUAUGGCGUGUAA